AAGCCUUUGCGUUGCUCUUUUUACUUCCUUAGUUAUAAUAACAAAAGAGAGGACACCAAGCAACCAGUGAUUCAAAAGAAAAAAAAAAAUGCAGGAACAAGUAGCAAUAAUAGUUGGAGCAGGCACCUCUGGGCUUGCCAUGGCUGCUUGCCUAAGCCAGCAAUCAAUCCCAUACAUAAUACUUGAGAGAGAAGACUGUAUUGCUUCUAUAUGGAAGAAAUACUCCUAUGACCGUCUUCACCUCCACCUUGCAAAGGAAAUUUGUGAACUCCCUUACAUGUCUUUCCCUGCCUCUUAUCCCAAAUACGUGCCCAAAAACAUGUUCACACAAUACUUGGAUGACUAUGUCUCCCAUUUCAAGAUUAGUCCUAUGUACCAAAGGAAUGUGGAGUCUUCUGAGUACAAUGAAGUUUCCAAGAGAUGGUUUGUGAAGGCUAGGAAUGCAAGUUCAGGUGAGGUUGAGAUAUAUUGUGCAAAGUUUUUAGUGGUAGCCACUGGGGAAACAACCAACCCUUAUAUCCCAGAGGUUGAAGGAUUAAACACUUUCACUGGUGAGGUUCUUCAUUCUACUCAGUUUAAAUCAGGGAAGGAUUUCAAAAACAAGAAUGUUUUGGUUGUUGGGUCUGGAAAUUCUGGCAUGGAGAUUGCUUUAGACCUUGCAAAUCAUGGUGCCAAAACUUCCAUUAUUAUUCGAAGUCCGAUUCAUAUUCUCUCGCGAGAGAUGAUGGACUUUGCCAGAAUUUUAGUGAAGUAUUUAAAGCCUAGUUUGUUGGACUCCUUGGUGGUCAUGCUUAGCAAGCUGGUUUAUGGGGACUUGACCAAGUAUGGGAUAAGAAGGCCUGCAGAGGGUCCUUUCUAUAUGAAAAGAAUGUAUGGCAAGUAUCCUCUUAUUGAUGUGGGUACCUGUAAAAAGAUCAAGUCCGGAGAAAUUCAGGUAUUGCCCACAGAAAUACUAAACAUAAGAGGCAAUGACAUAAUAUUCAAGAACGGAAAGUCACAUCCAUUCGACACAAUUGUUUUUUGUACUGGAUUCAAGAGGUCAACAAACUUGUGGCUUAAGGGGGAUGAUUAUCUUCUGAAUGAGGACGGGCUUGCAAAGCCCAAUAAUCCUAACCAUUGGAAGGGAAAGAAUGGAUUGUACUGCGUUGGGCUGCUUCAAAGAGGGUUUUACGGAGCUAGCACUGAAACCCAAAACAUAGCCAAUGAUAUCAAGUCUAUUAUGUAAUGUCCUCCAAAAAGGAAUUAAAAUAGAGGACACAAGAAAAAACGGCUACUGUGAUAUAUUCUUGUUUUGUUUGUUGCUUUCGUGGAGCAUUAGUGCCGUGAGAAAGCAAUGCAAAGCAAGUGAAACUUUUACAAGCACUUUUAAGAAUAAAGGAGGAGGACAAUAGAGAAGUCUUAAACAUUCAUAAGCUAACUUAUGUGAUCAAUCUUGACCCCCUUUAUUUAUUAUUGCUUUGUGUUUGGACACUAAAUUUGUUAUGACUGUAUCUUUUUAGAAACAUUUUAUGGGAAAAGAAAAAAUAAUUUACUUUUUUGACAGUUUUUAUAUUAUUUAUGAAAGUGAUAUCAAAAUUUUUCUAAAAUGGUUUAUUAACAAAUGCCUUAAAAGACAUCCGUUAAUCAAACUCUUAAAUGAAACUUUAGUCAACAUCAUGACUUUUGAAUGUGAUACCCAUCGAGAUUACACAAUCAAUGAAACAAACCCCUUUUCAUGCUUUAUGAUACUAAUCUAAUGCAAGUAAUUGCAAUACAAAAAUAAGAGUUGAGCAAAAGCAUAAAACUUGUAUCAGAAAAACAUCUUAUUUCCUUUUACAUUGAAUAAUUAAUCAUUGAACACUAUUGUAAAUCAUUACAUCACUGCUUUCAUGGAAAAAUGGCAGUAAUUUCAUACAGACUAUGUUCUCCCUAAUCGAUAUAAUAGAUAAGGAAAAUUGUUACAAUCGAAGCUAAUUAACACCCCCAACCCCAAAAAAAAAAAUUAAAUAAAAAAUAGAAAAUAGAAAAAACAAAA